AUGAUACAGGGAGCCCGGCGAGCCUCGGCUGCGGCGACGACGGCCGGCCCGCGCCCGCGCCCCGGCAGCACCGCCCUCCUGCCGCCCGGCCCGCCGCCUCGCCGCACCUCCGCGCGGCGGGCCCGAGGCGGCGGCCGCGCGGGCGCGGCCACGGAGGCGCUGGUGCGCCGCUCGGUCGUCGAGCCGUGCGUCACCUGCGGGAUCUGCGGCGGCCUCAUCCGCGACGCCACCGCCUUCUCCGAGUGCCUCGACGCCUUUUGCAGGAAAUGCAUAUAUGACAAGUUGGCCAAGGAAAAUAUAAAGUGCUGCCCCACGUGCGGCAUCCAUUUAGGCCGUGCUCCAUUGGAGAAGCUCAGACCUGAUCAUAGCCUGCAACACAUCAGGUCAGUGAUAUUUCCUUCUAAGAGGCGCAAGGUUGCCACUGUCAAGAAGAGGAAGGAAAAGGUACCGGCUGAAUCGAACCUUUCUUUAGUGGUGGAUAUAGCUGUAGAAGGAAGCACUGUACUGCUGCCACACUUACAGAAGGUGGAGGUUGAGGUGAUUGAUGAGGCUUUGGUAGCUCAGGAAUCAGUUCAUGAGUCUUCCACAUUGAAUCUUGCUCCUGUUGGAAGAGAUGUUUUGUCACGAAUUAGGUGUCGGGACUUUUACUCAGCAUGCAGUCUUUCUGCGGAGACUGGAGCCUUGAUUGUGUGGCAACCACCACCUGUCCUAGAGGAGGUAGUUGCCCUCGAUCAGUUAGCCCCCAGGCAGGACCCAGAGACUUUUGGGCCUCCAGCGACCUCUGAUACUGAGUACCAGCAACAAGAACUGACUGUACAGAUGACCAAUACUUCGGUAGUGGCUGGCAGCUCAUCCCAUUCUAGGAUGACUGUCCAGGAUGAUGAAAGCUUCAGGGGAGAUAUUCUCACAUUGUUGAAUGAGAGUAAUGCAAGGAUCAUGGGGAGGUAUGAUGCCUACAUAAACCAAUUUAAGGCAGAGAACUCCAAAUUAAUAGAGCAAUUGGAAAAUGAAAGAGCAGCUUCUCUUGAGAAGACGAGAAUUCUCGAAGAGAGGCACCAACGAGAAUUGGAAGAUGAAAGAGCAGCAGCUGCUGAGAGGACUAGAAUCCUUAAAGAGAGGCUCCAAAGAGAAUUGGAAAAUGAACGAGAAGCUGCUGUUGAGAGAAUAAGAAUUCUUGAAGAGAGGCUCCAAAGAGAGUCCCAAAUAGUCCUGGGUCUUGAAAGCCGAAGCCAAUCCUUGGAGGCAGAGAAUUCCAGACUUAAUGAAGAACUAGAAAAUGAAAAAGCAGACAACCAGGAUCUGAUGUCAGAUAUUUCAGAGAAAAGUGAUGAGCUUGCUACACUCAAAUAUUACUGUGACAUGUUUGAGUCAGACAAGACAUAUCUAGAAAAUCAAAUUGAGCAUCUGAACAAGGAAUUGGAAUAUAGGAAGAAAGAGCAUGCAAGAUAUGUCCGUCAAGUCUUGGAUGCAGCAAGGGCGGUUCCUGACAACUUGGAGACUAUCCCCACCGAUGCUGGGUUCUGGAUUGAAGCAGAGACAUCGGACCUUUCUUGAACUUCUGCUGAUGUUUCAGGUUGUUUCUUCCUCUGGUUGCAUGUUAGUAGCUUUGUAUAGUGCUGUAUCCGUCUGUUUAGUUGUAGCUUAGCUUCUUGUUAAUCUCCUUCCUGUGCUGUUUGGUUCUGUCUGGUGUACCAAAAUAAUGUAAAUUCAAUUCUGUUUGAAGCUGAUGCAAAGAGCCAAUUUUAUGUUUGCA